AUGACCGAAAAACCGACGUCGCUGUCUACGCAGUUCGCGGCUCCUAGUCAGAUCGCUCCUGUUCUGCCGGGCGCAACCGCCAGGGAAGAAGCUGCUCGACCAGCGGACGGAGCGGAAGAGGAACCAUAUACAAUAAAGUGUAUAUGUAACUUUUCUGACGAUGAUGGAAAUACGAUUUAUUGUGAGACGUGUGACACCUGGCAGCAUAUCGAUUGCUUCUACCCUGAUAAUCGAGAAGAGGCCAUUCGCGAGGAUUUUGCUCAUUCUUGUGCAGAAUGCAAGCCCCGACCUCUCGAUCGUCAAAAGGCCAUCGAACGUACCCUUCGCCUUAAAAACGGAGCGGUAGGAGACGAGCGUACGGACAAAAGGACGAAGCGACCUCCCUCCAAAAAUCACAAGAAGAGAUCAAAGCCUGCUGAUCUACCAACAAAUGGUCACCUCAGCCCCCAAGAGAAUGGCAGACACACCCAUCCCGGCGACCAACAUCCCCCGCCCAAAAAGGCGAAACACCGUUCUUCACAAUCCAUCAGCUCCCAAGCCCCCAAACGGAGCCCCUCUUACGGAAAUGGCAGAUCAAAUACAGCCCAUCCUCCGAGCCCUGCAACCACCCCACCAGACCUCCCUGAAGAUUUCCAAAUUCACCAAUAUUCCCAAGGGUUCUACAACUUGUACAAUGCAAGAGAUGUCCCCGAUUCACACAGCAAUGCAUUUGCUAGUCUUGCUAUCCCAACGGCGUUGUCUCGCUGGCUUCGCGAUCCCAAUACGAUGAGGAGUGAAGUUGGCAGACGCCAUUCGGAGGUUUUCCAAAAUGCACCCAUCAACCUGGAAGCUAAUAAACCUAAGCUUGAAGUCGGCGAUACCACAAGAACACUGGAUGAUGGCAAGGCUCUCAGGUGGAGGUUUCUGAAGUCCAGCACACCAAUUGAGAAGGACGUGCCUCUAGUGGAACUGAAUGGUGCAAUCGGUUUUCAAAAAGACUACUGCGCUGAUCCAGCAAAUCUUUGGGCUGACCUCUCCUCUCCUCUCCCCUUUGUUUUCUUUCACCCUGUCCUUCCGUUAUAUAUCGAUACACGACAAGAAGGUUCUCUAGCUCGCUACGUGCGCCGGAGUUGCAAACCCAAUGCACAACUGGACACAUAUCUUUCCGAUGAGAGCGAAUAUCACUUCUGGAUCGUCAGCGACAGGCACAUCUCCGCUAACGAGCAAAUCACUCUACCUUGGGACUUUCGAUUAGAGAAGAGCGUGGAUGCUCGCUGGCUUCAUCUUCUUGGGCUGAGCGACGACGACUCCUCUAACAGCGCAGAGAUGCCCGUGGAUGACACAGAGUAUAUGGCGAUAUCGAAUUGGAUGAGCCGAAUUCUAUCUGAAUACGGUGGAUGCGCGUGCGACCUGGAUAACAACUGUGCGUUCGCACGCUUUCAUCGCCAGUAUCUCUAUUUGAAGCAGCAAGUGCGUGGCCCGACAAAGAAGAAACAACGAAAGCCCAAAACACAAGCUAUCUCGCCAACGAGUACAGGGCAGACUGUUACUAGCCGAGCGACGAGUGAAGGUCAUGUCGACGAAGGUGGAGACCACGACAACAGAUCCCAGUCCGGCUCUCUGCGAAGCAAGCCCCCAAGCCGUGAUCUUACUCCUCUUCGACAGGGCUCCUUCGACCAGCUUGGUAUCUUGACCGAGCCAACGGACCGGGACAAGCGAAAGGUUGCCAUGGUAGAGGACACAUUUCGUCGUAUGGAGCAGCAACAACCGCCGAGAAAGAAGAAGCGAGUAUCUGAUGGUACAUGUUCCACUUCCUCCAAGUCGAAGCACCGUAAUGGCUCAGUGGCAUCCCAUGGUAAUUAUGUCGAUGCCGGAACAUGCAGGAGUCAUUCUGGAUCACCGACCAGCACUUCCCCGCACAUCCUUCAGAGACCAUCAAUAGUCACUCAGGCCCUUGCCACCCCUAGGUCUCGUGAAUCAUCAGUAACGCCCAGAGGAGUGUACUGUGACGCCGCGGUACAAACUGACCCCGUGGAAGGUGCGUGGUUCAGCGAACCUAGUCGAUCUCCACGGCCGAAGAAACGAAUCGUUCCGCUCUCGAAGCGUUUGCUCAACAGCCGUCAUAAAGUCAAGACUGAUGAAGAGGAUCAACGAAGACGAUCUUCGGUCAGUCAAGCGUCUAAUGGCAUUUCAAUGGAAGUAGACUUGCCCAUGGAACAUGUCCCAGCGAUCAAGCGAUCGGAGUCCGAGUUACCACCUUUGUUUCUCACGUCCGGUGACGUCCCUAUGGGGGAUGCUUCAUCGCCAGCUACGACCCCUGUCCUGGCUUCAGCAACGAGCGACACUUUUGCAAAAACAAAAACUCCCGACUUGAGGGUCCAAUUGCCUCCUGUUCCCUCAUUCGAUAGUAACGGACUGGGAAUCCACAAUUCGACAGCUCCUCAGCCUGGGGCUGUCGCACAUUCGCCUCUUUCCAACCCUUUACCGAGUCCUUUUGCACCGCCAGCCGUCAACAGCAUAGCUGCUCAUCCCAGUCCAGUAAAGAAGAAGCUCAGCCUCAGCGACUACACAAAAAGUCGGAUGAACAAAGCUGCUGGCAAGACUGCUGGCGGCCACGCUGUCCUCAAACCCGCCAUGUCAAGCCCUGAGGACACCAAGGUCGAUAUAGUAAUUGACUCACCCUCGAUCGAGAAACCUACGGAAAGCAUGAUCAUGGCCCCUGUCGCGGCGGCAAAUGGCUCCUUAUAA